AUGCCUGAGCCACCAGGUCAUCCUGUCGCUGCACUGCUCGUUGCUAGCUGUACAGCGAAGGGCCACUCUUCUCGUCUACAUUUCCUUUCCGUGCUGUUCUCCCCCACGUGCAUCCUAACGCUGUAUUACUCCUCGCUGCUGAACUGCGAGGUGCCUCUCAACAGCCGCCUGCAAACCACGCUCACCUCAUUCUCUUCCCACCCCCCACCUCUCAUCGCCUUUCCUCUCUCUAACCCCUCCCAGGACAUCCUAUCGCUGUACCACUCGUCCCUGCUGUACGGCGAGGUGCCUUUCUCCAGUCGCCUGCGAGCCAUGCUCACCUCACACUCUUACCCCCGUUCCCCUCGCCUUGCCUCUCUCUAUCUCCUCCCAGGACAUCCUAUCGCUGCCGAGUUCAUGGCUUCCUGCGUGGGUGCAGUGUACUAUAUCAUAGGGACCAGGGAGGCGGUGGCGCAGGUGGUGGCAUGGAACGCAGGGCACCUGGCCUGCGCCAGUGCAGUGACUGUAUGUGUGCUCGUGCCUGUGUGCACUGGACAUCUUCCCUCUCAUUUGCGUGCUUCGAUCCCUGUGAUUCUCGCAUACCUCAUUCACCGCAACCACGCACACACCCCAUCCCUCCGUGUCCUUCCUCCCACGUGCAGUGCGCCAGUGCGCUGGCUGUACGUGUGCUCCUACCUGGGAGUGCUCGACAUCCUAUCUGGUGUGCUCGCUAUGACCACGUGCCCCAUUCACUCCCAACACCCAUCCCUCGUCCGCCACCCUUCCUCCCACGUGCAGUGCGCCAGUGCGCUGGCUGUACGUGUGCUCCUACCUGGGUGUGCUCGACAUCCUAUCUGGCGUUCCCGUGCUCGGUUCCCAGUGAGUCUUGUUCACAUGCGCUCGCCUCUCUCUAUCCCCUCCGAUUCUUUUCAUCCCCUACAUUUCCCCACAUCCUCUUGCAUACUCUCCAUCCUCUGUCCAUCGAUGCACUCCUCACCACCCUCUGCCGUCCUCUCCCAUUCUCUCCAUCCACUCCCACUUUCUCCAUCCCCUCCCACUUUCUCCAUCCCCUCCCAUUUUCUCCAUCAUCUUCCAUUCUCUCCAUUCUCUCCCGUUCUCUCCAUCCACUCCUCUUCCAUUCCUCUAUCGCAUGGGCAGCCUCAGCAGCAGCAGCAAGAGAACAGGCACCCUGUUUCAAGUCGUCUACUUCUUGCAAAUCCUCAAGUGAGUGGCACCCUGUUGAUUGAUCCACCCUCAUUUCGGCCCUUCACCCGCCUGCACCAGCUGGGACUGGACAUCACAUCCAUCACUCAAGAGGUCAUCAACCUUAUCGUCUACCUCACCUCGCUAAUAUUCGCAGCAGCGGGCAUCUUCCUGUGGGUGACCUCCCAGAACCCUGCAGUGAAGGCAUCAACUAGCUUCUCAUCUUCCUUCCCUCUGCCUCUGAUCUUAUCUCCCUCCGACUUCGCUCCUGUAUGCACCCUUUCUCUCACGCACUGCAGUAUUCGCAGCAGCGGGCAUCUUCCUGUGGUAUUCGCAGCAGCAGGCAUCUUCCUGUGGGUGACCUACCAGAACCCUGAGGUGCAGGAGACGGGCAACUGUGAGCCGGUUAACUGCCUCGACUAUGCCAUGUCACUCUACUUUGUUGUUGUCACGAUAUCCACAGUGGGCUACGGUGACAUCCUGGCGACCAACACAGAGCGGAUAUCCACGGUGGGCUAUGGAGACAUCCUGGCGACCAACACAGCGGGGCGGGUGGUGGUGAUGUGCAUCAUCGUGGCAGCGCUCGUUAUUCUCCCUGUGCAACUCAGCAACAUCUCCAACCUCCUCGCGCACAGGCCGUACGGUGGAAGGUUCUCAGCAGCUUCCGCCACGGGCAUGCGGUUUGUGGUGCUGACGGGGCAGCUUUCCCCACUCUCCAUCCAGCAGUUCCUGGCUGAGCUCUACCACCCACUACAUGACAAAGCUCUCUCUCCCUCCCUCUUUAUAAACCCAAUCCAUCGCAUCACCCCUCCCCGAAUCACCUCCUUCUCCCCAUCCCUUCCCAGCUUUGAGCUGCGGGCUCUGAUCACGGAAUACCACGGUGCAGUGCGGUUCAUUCAGGGCUCGCCCAUGACACUAUACGACCUGCACCGUGUGCAGAUCGCCCUCGCUUCCGCUGUCUUCAUCCUCCUCCCACCCCUCCAAUCCGUGAGUCCUCCUCCCACCCCUCCAAUCCGCGAGUCCUCCUCCCACCCCUCCAAUCCUCCUCCUCCCACCCCUCCAAUCCGUGAGUCCUCCUCCCCUCCAACCACCCUCUCCCCCCCCCCGCUCUGCAUUCCGCUAGUCCCCCUCCUCCAGGAGCGUGAUCCCAUCAUCCUAUCAACCCCCCUGGCUAACCACCCCUGUGUCUCUCCCUGGCUUCCAUCCCUUCUCUCCCCCCUCCCUUCCCUCCUCCCUCCCCUCCGCUUUUCUGCGCUGGACAACACUCAGACCGCGCAAGCACGCGCAAUGAGCGGCGAUGGGGAGGAGAUGGGUGAAGGGCAGGCUGCUUUUCUUUCCCCCCCGUCCCCCUCCCCACCCUUCCCUUCCCAGUCUCGUGCGCUGGACAACGCUCAGAUCGCGCAGGCCCUUGCGUUGAACCGCUACGCGGGGCAUCUAUCACGGUUCGUGCUGGAGAUGGGUAAUCCGCAGGGGGCAGCACUGCCCGUGUGGGACACUGCCUCCCACCGCAUGCACGUGCUCUGCCAUGAGAGCCUGCGCUUCAAGGUCCUGGGGUCCAGCUGCUUCAUGCGGGGCCUGUCAACGUUAAUAGCCAACCUGCUGCGCUCGCCGCUCCUGCUCGACUCGCCCGGCCACAAGGCAUGGCUGCCAGAGUACCACGCCGGCUGCCUGCACUCCAUCUACCCCGUGCUCCUCCCCCCCGCCUUCCACGGGCUGUCCUUUGAGGAGGUUGCAGAGUUUGUGUACCGCUGCUUUCACGUCUGCCUCAUUGCUCUUGACGUGCUGGUGGAUCCGUGUGGGGCGCAUGGAGGGGUGGAGAGGGGUGGGGCGGGUAGGGGAGGUGUUGGAAGGGGUGGGAUGCACGCCUGUGGGGAGUGUGUGGAGUGUGGAGGUAGGGAGGAGGGAGACAGGCGCUCUGAGGCAGAGGCCACAGCAAAGCCACUGCAGGGAUCAUAUUCACGUGCACACCGACCCCUCACAGCAUCCGCACUGGCGGCAGCACGCGCCUCCAACCCCAUCUCCCGCCACCUCUCUUCCUUCCUCUUCGGGACCCGCCGCGCCGCGUCUCUGCUGCUGCCGUCCCCUGCUGCGACUGCUGACGCGCGGUCGCUGUUUCAGAUGGUACAGGAGGAGUGGAUGAGGAGAGGGGCGAUGGAAGGGGCAGGUGGAUGGGCUGAUCUGGCACCAACUGCUGCUGCGGUGGCUGCUGGUGCUGCUGGUGCGGGUGGCAUGAGUUUGGGAAGGGAUGUGAGUGUGACUCUGAUGCCUGAUGAUACUCAUUUCACCGACAGUCAUCUCACCACGCCCCUGCUCUCCCGAUACUGCCACCACCACCAGGUAGCAUCACCAACAUCCCCAUCAGCAGCAGGGUUAGGCACAGCGGCAGCAGCAGCAGCACCACCACCAGCCGCAGCAGCAGCAGCAGCAGCAUCAAGAGGGCGCCAAGAUUCGUCACUUCAAACGAAUCCUUUUAUAACGAGAGCAAGAGAGCCUGGCAGCAGCAGCAGCAAGAGAAAGGUAGUACGGUUCCAGGGUAUUGGGGAGGUGGAUGGGGGGGUUACAGAGCAGGGGAGAGGGGUGCACGUGGAAAGUCAGGGGUUGCUGGUUGGGGGAGGCACGACAGAAGCGAGGAGGGAAGAAUGGGAAAUGGCAGAGGAGAGAGGCAAGGCGAGAAGUGCAGUGGAAGGGGAUGUGCCGCAAGGCAUUGGUGACAGCGUGUGGGACGUUGGUACGGCUGUGGAGGGUGGUGCUACUGCUGCUGAUGGUGGGAAGGUUGCUGUGUUUGCCCAGGAUAAGCCAUUCUUGCACCUGCUAUCCAAGACUGGUGCAGAGGAGAAACGAGUGGGGAAGGGCGAAGGAAAGCGAGAGGGGACGAAGGAAGGCGAUGAGAAACAAGAAGCGGAGAAGCAAGGGGACGAGGCAGAGGGGGGGGCGAAGGAGAAGGGGGAGGAAGAGGGAGAGGAGGAGGAGGGGGGAGGAGAGGAGGAAGAGGAAGAAGAGGAGGAAGAGGAGGAGGAGAUUGAGAGGCUGGCAGUGGAGGUGGUAGAUAGGUAUGAAGAGGCAAUACUCACACAUCUAGACUCCCACACCCUCCCUGUUGCUGACUUCGCCUCGCCUCACAUCCUCGUGUGCCUCGCUGGCAGCAGCAGAAGCCAUGGUGUUGGUGGUAGUGCUAGUGAUGGAGAGGAGGAAGGAGGUGGGGAGGGGGGGGAGGGAGGCGGCGUGGUGGCAUGGCCGGCGAAUCUGUUCUGUCUUGUGAAGCACCUCAGGAGCAGGGCACUGCCGCAACGACCCGUGCUCAUCAUGCACCCCCAUGUGCGUACACUUGUCCUCAUCACUGGCGCCCUCAUGGCCUCAUCCGAGCCGGCGUCCUCUCUCCCCCUCACUUUUGUCCCACCCUUUUUCCACCCUCCCUCCGCUCCUCCAUUACCUCACAACACCCGAGUCGCUGAGACCCAUGGCCCCUUCCCUCCCCCCAUUGCCUUGCAACACCUCACACACUGCGAAUGGGCUCAGCACCCCACCCACCGCGAGUGGGCCCAAGUAGGCAUAUUCCCCGACGUUUUCUUCCUCUGCGGCUCCCCCACACACGAUCUCGACCUCAUCCGCGCCGGCGUCCUCUCCGCCGAAAAAGUCCUUGUCAUCUCCCCCGACCAAUCGCCAGGCGCCACGUCACCAUCCCUCUCCUCCUCCUCCUCAGGCCCGUCAGCAGACCUAGCAAGCGUGGUGGUCGCAGCACACGUGGAGCAGUUACAAGGAGGAUGGGAAACAGACGGAGAGAGCGCAGAAGCAGCGGAGGAAGGGGGGGGGGAGAGAAGGAAGGGUGGUUUGCUGGUGGAGCUUCAGAGCGAGCAGUCAUAUCAGUACUUCCAGCCGCUGUACCUGCUGCCAGGGCGGCGGGCGGAGAGGCGAUCGUAUCUGCGGAACAGGAUGGGGGUGUACGCGUUUGCUCCUGUCUUCCAGAGCGGGCGGGCCUUCUGCAGCACCGCGCUCUCUGCUGUCUCGUGA